GUUGCCAAUAAACUGGAAAAGAGGAAGAAGAAGACGAAGACAAGGUGACAGUCAUGGCGGCAGCGGUGGUCCGAGGAAUCGGUUCAAGUUUGUCGAAGAAUCUGCGUGAGAUACGCCUGCAUAUAUGCCAGACAUCAGCUGCUAGUCAGGGAGCAAGGGAUUUUAUUGAGCAGCAUUAUGUGCCAUUAAAGAAGGCAAAUCCUAAUUUCCCUAUCCUGAUUCGAGAGUGCUCUGGAGUUCAGCCCAAGCUGUGGGCACGAUAUGGCUUUGGUAAAGAACACAGUGUUUCAUUGGACAACAUGAACGUCGACCAAGUGGGCAAAACUUUGGAGACACUAAUAAACACAAAGCCCUGAGCCAACAUCUUUAAGGAAAUGUAAAAUGAUAUAAAUGCUAUUUGUUUUCCUAUAUUAAAAAUAAAUGUAUACUCUCAAAGAACUUGAA